AUGCUGGCUCAUCAUCAAGAUGUUCAACAAAUUGAAUAUCAAGAAAUAAAUUCAAUAUUUUCGGAUGGUAAUUUAAACAGACCGCCUACAUACGAGGAUUUACAAAAAAAGGAAUACUUAAAACGCGUUAUCAAAGAAACCAUGCGACUUUAUCCAGCUGUUCCUCUAGUGCUCAGACAAGUAGAAAACGAAAUGAUGAUUGGAAAAUAUCUAAUCCCGGCGGACACAAUUAUUGCGUUUCCCAUUUAUUGUUUGCAUUUAAAUCCACAAAGCUAUAAGGAUCCAGAAAAAUUUAAUCCUGACAACUUCUUACCUGACUGGUGGCACAAGAAACUGUAUUGGAAUGAAAUACGCAAUGCUUCAAAUGAAGACUGCGAUAUCUACUCUUGUAAGGUCCUACCGUUUUUCGCCAUCAAAAAAAUGCUUUACUCCGAAGGAUCUUAA